ACAUAACACACUGCCCUCCAAAGUCACGCACGAGGAUUUUUUUUUUUUACAACUUUUUAUGUUGCGUCUUGUCGAUAUUUUCAUAGCGACGCGACCUGCCGGGGACGCAGGAACAGGUCCAGGAGGAACCAGAAGUGUGUUUUUGUCCUGAGAGGCCAGAGCAGACCAGGCUGCGUUCAGGGCCAGUCCACCCAACCGGCCCUGUUUGUUCGUCGACAUCGGAACAUCGGAUUAUAUCUGCAGCAGAAGAGAGGAGAGAAUUUUGUAUCCAGGAUGGAGAGAAUUCCAAAUCACACAGAGUUCAUAAGCAUUUCUGUUCGGGAUCCAAAGCUCCAUAAAGAUGACCACUGGCGCACACACAUAGACUAUGAGAUCUGUUUACAAACCAAUAGCAUGUGUUUCCGAAAGAAGGCUUCCUGUGCGAGGCGGCGAUACACCGAGUUCGUUUGGCUGCGUCAGUGUCUGGAGCGAAACGCUCUCGUCAUGGAAUUGCCCAAGUUGCCACCUUGGAACCCCUUUUUCAGUCUGAAAAACCAAGCACAAGUUGCCCAGAGGAUGAAAGGCUUGGAAGAAUUCUUAGAGAAUGUUCUUCAAACUCCCAUUUUAUUAUCGGAUAGUCGACUCCAUCUGUUCCUUCAAUCAGACCUCAGCACUGCAAGAAUUGAGAGGUGUGUUCUUGGAAGGACUAGGUAUACAGUGGCUGAAGCCAUUCAGCGUUCCAGCAGGGGUUGCAUCAGUAGUCCUGAGGACAAGCUGUCCAGUGACUCAGAUUGUGAAAGCUCUGCAUCAUCAGGCCUGGGACUAAGCAUUGAUACUGCCACGCGAGACAGUCCCCUCCCUUUCCUCCAUUCAUCGGAAGGAGAGCCAUAGCUGCUGAGCUGUCUCUCAGGGGCCCAUCUCAAUCGUUGGAGGUUAAUAUGAAGAAAAUGUAAAGUGCCUUCGGUCUGGAAGUACGUCACUGUAUGGGGAAAAAGCCAGAGAGCUUUUACCAGUCUUGAUCUCCAAAGAGUCAAUUUUUAAAGUCGGCUUCACCCUCCACUUGAACAUUCAUUUUUAGUUGACUUCAAUGUACUCUCAAAUCAUUACUUCAGUUAUUUAAGUAGUGUGUGUACUUGAAAAAAAUGUUUUAAAAACAUACUAAAAUGUGUGUAAAUGUAAACAGAGUAAGAUCUAUGAAUUCUUAAAUAUAUCCUAUGUAUAUUUUAUCAUUGGAUUAAAGCUGCACUAAGGUUAUGAGGUUUUGUUUGAACUGUUAAAGAUUUUAUGACUUUUAUGAUUUGUUAUA